UCACGUUGACCAGAUCCUCACCGGUGACUUAGUCUCUCAUACUCAAAUCUUGAAAACCAGGACUCAAAAGACACUUGUUCCUUUUUUCGCAGCCGUCAAACACCCCGCGUCGAAGACGGAUAAAUUAUAUUAAUCCAGUUUGUGUAUGAUAACGCUCCAAGCGCUGGCAGCAUUUAUUGACAACCAUGACCUCCUCAUUCCCUUACACUCCUACGACGCUCCGGACGUCCGUGAAGCCGCGUCCAUGGGUGCCAUUGAAGCGCCACGAAGGGCACGUCGAGGUCCCACCUUUGCCCUUCAAGCCUCGGACCGAUAACUUACUCGGCAUGUACGACAUCAGCACCCACAUCAUACCUGCAGCCAAUCCCAGAAUCACCCCGGAUACUCCAGUUCCAAAGCCGCCUCCUCGUUCGAAAAGAACCCUAGCAGAACUCAAGGAAUUGGGACUUGAAUUCAUCAAACAACAGGUCCGGCAGGGAGAGGACGGCCAUUCCGCGGUCACGGACGAAAGGUUGCUGUGGAAUUGUGUCAACCGAUAUGUGAAAAAGGACAAGGAGACCAACGCCAAAUCGAAAGGGACCACCUUGUUCCUUGUGCAUGCAACGGGCUUUCCGAAGGAAAUAUGGGAAACCACUCUGUGUUAUCUACUACCUGCCUGUGGCGUUAUAGACGAGAUAUGGUCAUGGGAGUCGGUGCAACAUGGGGACUCUGCUCUGCUAAACAGACAGAAUCUUAAUGGUAGCUUUGAUUGGACUGACAACGCAAGAGACAUUGCCAACUUUCUCAUUAACUACAUGCCUGAAGGAGUAGAAACGUCUGCGCUACCCAUCCAACUUCAGCAACUUCCUGCAUUCAUUGGCGAAUCACGUCAAAAGAGUGGCUUCUCUUCCCGGACCCUGGUCGUAGUGGGACACUCGGUCGGGGGUUGCGCGGCGGCUUCUGUCGCGUUGAAUUUCCCGGCCUUAUUGUCCUCGAUGAUCCUCCUCGAUCCGAUGAUCGAUACAUUCAUCGGGUUUCCAUGGGAGCAUACACAAUACGUGGUCGGCCUUACCUUGGUAAAGCGCGAACAAUGGCCAUCACGGGAAGACGCCUUACGUUCCUUCAAAUCUUCGCCCAUGUUCUCGGCUUGGCAUCCUGACGUACUUCGGCUCUACAUCGAUUAUGGACUAUACGAGGACGGAAGCGGAAGCGUCAGAUUGAAAACGCCUCCCAUCCAUGAGGCUAUUGACUGCGCCAACCUACGAACUGGCCGUGAAACCUGGGAGUUAAUGGAAACCCUCGACGAGAACAUCGAGUUGCUAUGGAUCGUCCCCGGAAAACCAAGCCCGGUAGUAUCAAUGAUGGAGCAAGUAUCGAAGGAGCGAGUUUGGCGCAGACCAGCUAAUUCAUCCAACAUUAUCAUCAAGUCGUCUGAUCAUCUUAUUCCUCACGAAUCUCCAGAAGCACUUGCGCAAAUUAUGGCCGACUUUCUGCACAGGAAAUAUGGUGUUUCCUCAUCAAGGCAGUCGAAGCUCUGAAAUCGUGGAUUAGUAUCAAUCUAUAGCAACAUAAAUUGUGUUUUACUCACUCGAGAGCAUUGAUUCCAACACCUAUGUACAUGGCAGACACUGUGGGUAGUAGAAUCAGUUAAUUUCAACGUAAGCGCUUGCGCAA